GAGCCAGGAGCGGCAGGGGCCCCAGGGAACCCGGGGGCUGAGACUGGAGAACCGAAGUGCAUUGUGGGAGUCCCUGACAGCAGCUACUCUAAAUUUAUGGAACUUCAAAAGAAACGUCUUGAAUUGAAAGCUCAAGCUAGCAGGAUGGAGAAGAGAAAACGUCUACGGAAAAGGAAACUUAAAGAGAAGACAACAGGAAAUCAAGAGAUGAAUAACAGCCCAGCUCCUGCAAAGAAUUCUGCGUUAGAUACUCUCCAGCCAUACUUUGAGGCAAGUGAUCGAUUUGAACCUCCAGUCUGCAUCAAAAUCAUUAAGAAGUCCCGCCUGGAAGAUGCUAUGGACCAAGCUGUAAAGGGUGGAGAUAUUGAAACAGCAGAGGAACUAAGUGACAGGCUGGCAACUCGCGAGAUGGCUGUGAAGGUUACUAAAGCUGUGUCCAGCUACAAAUAUCUACAAACCAAAGAAAAGGAGGAGGCCUCUCAAGGCAGUCAGCAGAAAAAGAAAAACCUUGGUUGGGGAUUUGAAGCUAAGAAAAGAUGGGAGACAAAAAGCAACAUGGGUUAUAUGUAAUAAGAUCAAAUUUAGUUUCAUGUUAAAUCACAAAAAUCACAGGACACGUGCUUUUCUACAAUUACUGGACCAAGUCUUCUAAUCCACCAAUCGAUGCUAUUUAUGUGUUUACAGUCCCCUAUAAGGAAAAGAAAAGUAGAUUCUGUUUCUAACUGGAGCUGAUAUCGCGUAUUGUCCUACCCCUGACUGCCAUGUAUAAUUCAUACUGGGCACAGCUGGCUCAGUCAUCGCAAUGGGAAAUACUCAUUGAGAAUCAUGGCUGCCAUAUUAUUGUAGUUGAAAUAUUACUCAGUCAUUGUUCGUCUGGUGGCCAAAGACUUUGUAUCUGUUUUAUUCCAUUGCAAAUCUAAUAAUUGGAUAUAAGAAUAUGGCGUUUUAUUUAAAAAGAAAAUAUAUGUUUAAGGGGGUUACUAUCUGGGAUUGGGACCCUGGGAAGAUGUAUACUUUUAAGUGGUUUUAUUUUUAAAAUAUAUUUCUGGGUGUGUAAACGUUGCAUAUACGUUAUGUAAAAAGUCCUACAAUUCAAUUUACUAAAUAUUUCCUCCUACUCCCUCAUAUUGCAUCUACUACACCCACGCACAUCUUUAAAGCCGUCAGCCGUUAUUCAAACCCCUAAUGGAAAGCAGAAGACCUCAGUGGAAGGGUUUGUAGAACAGUGGGAACUCCUGGACAUGUGUUAGAAGUAAUGGUUCAAGUAGCCAACUUCCGGAUUAAACCCUUGAUCAUCCAAUUUACAAUAAAUUAAAAAAUCAUAGUUAUUUUGUCCGUAAGAUGUACAUAUGUAUAAUGUGUACUUAUUACUUAAAGGAACACUAUAGAGUCAGGAACACAAAUGUACUCCUGACCUUAUAAUGCUAAAACUACCCUCUAGUUCCCUAUUACCCCCCUAAAUAUAUGAAAAAUAUUACUUGCAUUCAAGUCUGCAGCUGCUGCCUUUGCCCCUGACCUCAUCAGGAGUGAUUCUCUGAGCCAAUCACAAUGCUUUCUCAUAGGAAUGGCUGAGACUGUCAAGGAAGCAGAUUGGGGCAGAGCCAGCACAAGUCAAACACAGCCCUUACCAAUCAGCAUCUCCUCAUAGAGAUACAUUGAAUCAAUGCCUCUCUAUGAGGAAUGUUCAGUGUCUCCAUGAGGAGGGUGGAGACACUGAAUGUCAGUCAUACAAAGUAAUUUUGUUAAUCAGGUAUUUGUGUUGCAGUAUACAGAUUAUGAAAUAUUUGCUUAUAUUAUGAUGUAACAGAUUUGUAACCUGCAGUAAGAGUUGAAUUUGCUGUGAUUUUGGAAUACAGAAUCAUGAUUGAAAUGGUUAGUGCCCACUAAAUACUGUAGCGAGAGCAAAACCUGAGAUUCCCAUUUCAUAGGGACUCGCAUCCUUUGCAGGUCCCUUCAUCCCGCUUCACUCUGUGUUGGAGCCGAUGGAUGCUGCAGUCAGGAGACAGGUCUGAGCUCCAGAUGAGAAGUUAUUCUCUUACCAGGGUACAGGGGAUAUUUUAUAAUGUAUUUUAGUUUCAUUGUCAACACUGCAAAGUGUAUUAAUAACAGAGAAUAAGCUUAUGGAUGCCAUGAUCAUUUAAAUUAAAGAACAAACUUAAAUAGUCCUACGGGUCACAUUUAUUGCUCAGUUAAUCAAAGUACGACUGAGUAUAUAAGCACAUUUUAUGUGAAAGCAGAAUCCUGGUGGUCCCCAUCAAAAUAAUGACCAGUGUAUUGGAUUUGGUUACCUUAUAUUCAGAACCGUUUAUUUGUGUUAAUAAAUGUGAGAUUAGUAUAUUCCACCACUGACCUAUGUGCCAUUGAGAUCACACUUGCAUAAACCCUCCCUUCUCAUUGGUGGAGAAGAUACGUUGAAUGGGGAGAGGCCUAAGCAACAUCUCCUAUUAUUCCAAUAUGGUUAGCUCCUCCUAUCAUUCCAAUAAUCCCCCUCCUCCCGUUUUGAUCAUAUGGUUAGCUCCUCUUAUCAUGCCAAUAA